AUGACUUUAAAAAUGUCACUAUUAAAAUUUGCCCCCCUGGAUACGCCUCUGGAAAGGCGUCUGCAGACAUUGGCAGCCGCAGGAUGGAUCACCACGAUGCUCUGGGCAGAAUUCUUAUCAAUAGCCUUAUGUCUUUACAUUGUCUUAUGUUCGAGUUGGUACUGGUUGGGUGUUCUAUAUGUUUUUUGGGUAGCAAUUGAUCGAGACAUUUGUCAUCAAGGAGGAAGACCUAUCAAAUGGGUGAGAAACUGGACCUGGUGGCGAUACUAUCGCGAUUAUUUUCCAUUAACUUUAAUUAAAACUGCAGAGUUGGAUCCUAAGAAAAACUAUUUAUUGUGUGUGUUCCCACAUGGUUUGUUGUCAUCUGGUGCUUUUGGUCAUUUUGCGACGGACGCCACUGGAUUUCAACAAAUGUUCCCUGGAAUGACUGCCAGGAUUUGCACUCUUGCAGGACAUUUCAUGGUGCCGUUUUAUAGGGAACUUAUUUUGAGUUUAGGUGGUGUAUCAGCCAGUGCAGAAAGUAUUAACUAUAUUUUGGGUUCCAAAGAAAAAGGAAAAGCUGCUGUUCUCAUGGUAGGAGGCGCUGCAGAAUCUUUAUAUUGCAAACCUGGUACUUACAGGAUUGUUUUAAAAAAGCGAAAAGGAUUUGUGAAAUUGGCCCUCAAAAACGGUACCCCAUUAGUGCCAGUGUUUUCAUUUGGAGAAACCGAUUUAUACGACCAAGUGUCAAAUCCUGAAGGAUCACUUUUACGAAAAGCCCAAGAAUUUGUGAAAAAAAUUACUGGGAUUGCUUUUUGUGUACCUUUAGGUCGAGGAAUGCUUCAAUAUUCAGUUGGUAUAGUACCGAGAAGAAAACCUGUCACAACUGUCAUUGGAAAACCACUUGAAUUUGAGCGAAAUUUGGAUCCUUCUGAUGAAGACAUUGAAAAGUUGCAUUCAGAAUUUACACAAGCCAUUACAGAAUUAUUUGAACAACAUAAAUCUAAAUAUAUUGAAAAUCAUGAGAAUAUCAAGCUUGUCAUUGAAUAGCUUGUGAGUACUUUUUUAUACAUUUUUUUUAAAUUAAUUUUAAGGUAAUAUUAAUUUCGUUGUUAUAGUUUAAAUUUACUGUUUUGUUAUUUUCUGGGGUAUGUCGAGCUCGAAAUUGGAAAAUUUUGAGGCACUGAAAAUGGGAAUUAAAUAAUGAGAUAGAACCUAGUUUGUAAAGCCUAUAAUUCUUAUAAACUAAUAGGUUAAAUUAUUAUAGUCCAUGGCAUUAUUCAUUAUAGUUAUUAAUAUCAUGUCAGUUCUAGAAAUGCGGUUUCUUAAUUAAUUUUUUAAAAAUAAGUUUUAUUACAAA